GGUCUGCUUCUUCGGUAGUACCAUACUCUGGCACGACGAAAUACUCUCUGACACUAUCAUUUUUAAUUUUUUAAUUAUUUUUAGAGAAUUCGAAUUUCCGCACUAUUUUUAAAUUCAAAAACAAAUACAAAAAAUAGUAGUCCAGUCGUUCUCGCUCCUCACUAGUCCACCUCUCUCUCUCAUCUUCACUCAUUACUCUCUCUCUCUCUCUACACUCUGCAACUCUUCUUUGUCUUAAAGAAGACGAAACCGAAACCAAGUUUUUUCUCUCUCUACCCUCCAUUCACACACGGACACGCAUGUGUGUGUGUGUGUGUGUGUGUGUGUGAAUAGAUACAUAUUAUUCUCUUCUGAAGCUUCUUCUACACAGUGCAAUUCUGCUGGAGAAAACAAAAUUAAAAUAAUCGAAACAUUUUUCUUCACUUUUCGAAUUCACGCCAUGUGAUUUCUGACACAUUCUUCGUCAUACUUCAUUCCCCCUCUCCCUACCUUUUUUUUUUUAAUUUUUUUUACAGAAACGGUUACUGGAGCGCACUGAAUGAAUAACAUAAAUUGAUAGAUUGGGAAGUGUUGUUUAAUUUGUUUUUUUAGGGGAGAAAUGGCGGCUUCAUCUUCUAGAGGAAGAAGCAGCUCACCUUUCAGCCAUCGGAAACCUUCGAGUCCGUACUCAUCUACAUCGUCCUCGUCGUCGAUGAUGAACGGGCGUCUAAUGCCGCGGUCGUGCUCCACCUCGGCGACGUCGUUUCACGGCGGCGGCGGUAGUGGCGGCGGCGGAAGCGGCAGCGGAGGAGGUUACGGCUCUAGAUCCAUGACGCCGAGCCGAGCUAGAGAUUAUCCUCAAAGCCGAACGCCGGUGAGUUAUCCGUUAAUGCAAGAGCAGCUAACUGGAGAGGCGGUGGAAGUUGCUUCGAGAUCGGGGGAUAGCAUUUCAGUGACGAUUAGAUUUCGACCUCUGAGUGAAAGGGAAUAUCAAAGAGGAGAUGAGAUCGCAUGGUAUGCAGAUGGUGACAAAAUGGUGCGGAAUGAGUAUAAUCCAUUGACUGCGUAUGCAUUUGAUAGAGUAUUUGGGCAGAGUACGAACACUCAAGAAGUGUAUGAAGUAGCUGCUCGGCCAGUAGUUAAGUCUGCAAUGGAAGGUGUAAAUGGAACUGUAUUUGCUUAUGGUGUCACCAGUAGUGGAAAGACGCAUACCAUGCAUGGAGAUCAAAAUUCACCAGGUGUCAUACCGUUGGCUAUAAAGGAUGUUUUCAGCAUAAUCCAAGAUACUCCAGGACGUGAAUUCUUACUUCGAGUGUCAUAUCUUGAAAUCUACAAUGAGGUGAUUAAUGACUUGCUGGAUCCAACUGGCCAGAAUUUGCGUGUGAGAGAAGAUGCACAGGGAACUUACGUCGAGGGCAUAAAGGAAGAAGUUGUUUUAUCACCUGGACAUGCUCUUUCAUUUAUUGCUGCAGGGGAAGAGCACCGACAUGUUGGAUCAAAUAACUUUAACCUAUUCAGUAGCCGUAGUCAUACAAUAUUCACAUUGAUGAUCGAAAGUAGUGCACAUGGAGAUGAUUAUGAUGGUGUGAUUUUCUCACAGCUGAACUUAAUUGAUUUAGCUGGAUCUGAAAGUUCAAAAACUGAAACAACUGGCGUAAGGAGAAAGGAAGGAUCUUACAUCAAUAAAAGUCUUCUAACACUUGGAACUGUUAUUGGGAAACUUAGUGAAGGGAAAGCAUCCCACGUUCCUUAUCGGGAUUCAAAGCUUACUCGCCUUCUACAAUCUUCACUAAGUGGGCAUGGACAUGUUUCGCUUAUAUGUACAAUUACUCCAGCAUCAAGCAAUUUGGAGGAAACCCAUAAUACUUUAAAAUUUGCCAGCAGGGCAAAACGCGUUGAAAUCUAUGCCUCGCGUAAUAGGAUAAUUGACGAAAAAUCAUUGAUCAAAAAGUAUCAAAAAGAAAUAUCAGUCCUCAAAGAAGAACUUGACCAACUUAGGAGGGGAGUGCUUGCUGGUGUCAACCCUGAAGAAAUUAUAGUCUUAAGGCAGCAGUUGGAAGAAGGGCAAGUGAAAAUGCAAUCAAGGCUGGAGGAGGAAGAAGAAGCCAAAGCUGCUCUAAUGAGUAGAAUCCAAAGGCUAACAAAACUAAUACUUGUUUCCUCCAAAAACACAAUACCAGGAUACACAAGUGACAUGCCCUCUCGCCAAAGAACUCUUUCUGCUUCCGAGGAUGACAAGUUGGAUGUUCUACAUGAUGGUUCUAGAAAAAUCAACGGUGGAAAUGAGAAAGAUUCUCCAUCUUCUGCUUUAACUAUCACAUCAAGUAUUUAUGAUUUUAAACACCAAAGAUCAUCCAGCAAGUGGAAUGAUGAUGUAUCACAAGCUGGCAGUACUAUGACUGAAACAACUCAAGCGGGUGAACUUUUUAGUGGUUCUUCCUGCGUGUCAAACCUACCUAUAGAUGGUAUAACAAUGUCAGACCAGAUGGACCUACUUAAUGAGCAAGUUAAGAUGCUUGCUGGAGAGAUUGCAUUCAGCACCAGUACCCUAAAGCGUCUGAUAGAGCAGUCCGUAAAUGAUCCUGAAAGCUCAAAAACUCAGAUUCAGAAUAUGGAGCAUGAAAUCCAUGAGAAGAAAAUGCAGAUGAGAGUUUUAGAACAGCGUAUAGCUGAGGCCGGUGAAGCGUCAGUUGCUAAUGCAUCUAUGGUUGAAAUUCAGCAGACUGUCAUGAAAUUGAUGACACAGUAUAGUGAGAAGAGUUUUGAACUUGAGAUUAAAUCAGCCGAUAACCGUGUUCUUCAGGAGCAGCUGCAAAACAAGUGUUCUGAAAACAAGGAAUUGCAAGAGAAAAUUUUCUCUCUGGAGCAGCAACUAGCUUCAAUAUCUGGUGACAAAAUCCCGUCCCUUUCCGAAAUCCGUGUAACUGAUGAAUAUGCUGAUGAUUUGAGAAAGAAAAUGCAAUCACAGGAAAUUCAGAACGAGAAACUAAAGCUAGAACAUGUUCAAAUGCUCGAGGAAAACAGUGGAUUACGUGUACAGAAUCAGAAAUUAUCCGAGGAAGCUUCUUACGCCAAAGAACUAGCAUCUGCCGCUGCAGUUGAGCUAAAGAAUUUAGCCGGUGAAGUAACGAAGCUAUCGUUACAAAACGCCAAACUGGAAAAAGAAUCACAAUCCGCCCGUGAGUUAAUCUCUAGAAAUUCCAGCAUCCAUGGCGUUAACCGCAAGCACAAUGACGCAGUACAAAGGAACGGCCGAAAAAAUCGGAUUUCUGGCCGAUCAAAUGACUUCGAGUCAUGGAGUCUCGAUGCCGAAGAUCUAAAACUUGAGGUGCAAGCAAGGAAACAAAGGGAGGCUACUUUAGAGGCUGCCUUGGCUGAGAAGGAGAUUUUGGAAGAUGAAUAUAGGAAAAAGGCUGAAGAGGCGAAGAAAAGAGAGGCGGCUUUGGAGAAUGACCUGGCUAAUAUGUGGGUGCUCGUUGCUCAGUUAAAGAAAGAGGGGAAUGUUAUGCAAGAACAGAAGAUGAAUGACUCGAAAGUUGGCGAUGUUGAUGAGGACCCGAUAAUGAAAGAUAAGGAAGCUCCGGAUAAUUCAAUGGCAGCUUCUAACAUUCCCAAGGAAGAGCCUCUCGUUGUCCGCCUGAAAGCUCGAAUGCAGGAGAUGAAAGAGAAAGAACUGAGGUACAGUGGAAAUGGAGAUGCAAAUUCUCACGUGUGUAAAGUAUGUUUCGAAUCACCUACCGCUACUAUGCUUCUUCCAUGUCGCCAUUUCUGCUUAUGCCAGUCGUGUUCCCUUGCAUGUUGUGAGUGCCCUAUUUGCCGAACAACUAUUGCCGAUAGGAUUUUCGCCUUUACAUAAUAAUACUGCAGUUGACCUUCAGAAAAAAGAAAAGGGAUUUUUCACAAUUCGCCUUCCUUUACCAGCUGCUAUUCUUUCAUUAGUCGAAGUGUAUGUAAUUCCCUACAAAAAAAUAUGUAUAUCAUUGCACUCGUGUUUAAAAAAAAAAAAAGGAAGAUCCUUUCGUGUGGUAUAUAAAGAAUUUAUUGCUAGGUGGUGUUAGUUUCGGUUUCCAAAUCUGAUGAACGAAUAUUGUGUUAUAUUCGAUUGGAAGUUGUAAUGUAUAGAAGAACAGUGCAGAACGGUACUGCGAUCCGCCCCUUUGUAUAAAUAUCUGAAUCUCAUAGUGCUUUUGUGGUUUGUUCUAUACUAGGUCCGGUGAAAGCUUUAUAUCUAC